AGAGACCGGCAGUUGGGCGCGAGACGUAGAGCAGAGCAGGCAGAAGAGCAUCGUCCUCCAACAUUUCAGUUUUGUUUCUUUUGUGUUUUACCUUACCGGAUUUGUGCCGUCAAGGUGUGGAAUACACUAAAUUUGCGAGUGAUCCAGCCGAACAGUGACUUUAUCUUUAAUUUCCCAGCCAUCCGGCGACAUUUGGUGUCAGAAGUGGGAUCGAGUGCUCGCUUCCCGUGGCUGCGACGGCGUGGUGACCCCUUGCUAAAACUGAUCAUUCGGCUUUAUCGGAAACAUCCAGCUUGCUGAGGCAGAUUUCAACAUCCAUCGACAUUCUCCGGAAGAAAAUCUUGUCGCUGAACGUGGCAUUUGGGUGUUUGGGAGCGAAUUUCAUCCCGAUUUGCUGGGUUUUGUGGCGGAUUCUUCCCAUUCUUGGCGCCAAACCAACAUGGCGGAUCGGUGAAUAGACAUUUCUCGUUGCAUUUUUUUGGUGUAUUUUUCAAUUGCUGCUGGUAAUUCGUCGAAAGGACGUUUCCAAGUAGAUUUCAGCCUUUUUUUUUAUUUAUUUACUUUUUUUUAAUUUUUUUUAUUUAUUUUUUAUUUUUCGGCUUUGUGUUGUGUGGGGUAUUUUGGUGCGCUUUUUCUUUGUGUGUGAAACAACAGCGGCUGGUGUUGCAGUGGCUGACGUUUAUGCGUCGCUACCGCUGACAUCCCUGCUGGUUGUGCAGAAGGGCAUUUUUGUAAACCAACAACGGCUAGUGUUGCAGUGGCUGACGUUCAUGCGUCGCUACCGCUGACAUUCCCGUUAGUUGUGCGGAAGGGUAUUUUUGUUGUUAUACAACAGUGGCUGGUGUUGCACUGGCUGACGUUCUGCGUCGCUACAGCUGACAUCCCCGCUGGUUGUGCGGAAGGGUAAUUUUGUUAUACAACAGUGGCUGGUGUUGCAGUGGCUGACGUUCUGCGUCGCUAUUGCUGACAUCUCUGACGGUCGGGAAUAGAAUAAUUUGUAGACCAAAAAUAAAUAAAUAGAUAAAAAUAAAUUGGCAGUCAUUUUAUUUCGUUCUUCGUCGAGUUCGCCUUCUGGAUAUCGUUUUCUUCAACUGAAAAGUGGAUUACAUCUUCUCGUGGAUUUCGUCAACUAUUGCUGCAUUCUGGAAUUGAAUUACCUGAUAUUCUUGCCUUGGAUUGAAAUUUGAAUCUCGUGGCCGUAACUGUACAGUCUACUUAAUUCUCCAUGCUCUACUCACUCUGAACUCUUGUUUUGUCAGUGCAUUGAUGCUCUAAGUUAGAGUGUUGCAGGCUUGCAGCAUCAUAGUUACAAAAACAACUUGGUCGUCAACGUCAUACGUCAACAUCAAUUUAUUCAAGGUAAAUUUGAUAAUGAAAAGGGUUAAUACUGCUAGCAGCACAUCUCAGGCUCACAUAAGGAGAAUGCGUCGGGAGGCAUAUCAAAACGUGGAGGUUGCUAAUUUGUCUCAGUUUCAAGUUGAACGUGACAUCAACAGUAUUUGUGAACCAGUAUUUCAAGACUACACUAAAAGAAGUUUGGAAUUUUUAAAAAUCCAAUUUCGAGAAAUGACUGCAAAAAUCGACGAUCUUUUGCACUCGAGACCGAAACCGUGUAUUUGUACAAUACAAAGAAUCGAAGAAAAUGAACAGCAAUUCCUUUUGCAUUUGGAUUCGUUCGAUGCUAUUGAACAUCUUGAAAAUUCAAUGAAGGACCAACAAUCUCGACAACAAAUGAUCCUUUUGCUGCUCCGUAUCGGUGGAAUAAAUCUCCAGAAAACGGUUUAUGCAAUAAUGGAAAAGUUAUUCUCAUACGAAAUUGGAACUAAGUUCACUUGGACGGGAAAAUCCUCAAAAGGAAUCGAGAAAGCUAAAUUUUCUGAUCUGAAGAAUAUCUAUGCUGCAAUCUCUGGUGCCGUCCUCGGUAACAAAGACCUUGCUGGUGAUGAGAAAACUACAGUUAAAGUGCAGUAUCAAGUAACCGAGUGGCUUCGUCACUGUCAGCAGAAUUUGAAAAGUCAAAUGUAGUUGAUGAAUAAAUAAAACAUUUGAAAAAUG